AUGGGUGCCAUUCUCUGCUCCAGCUUAGGGUCCCAGGCACCUUUUCCCCCGUCCUCGCCCUUGCCCCUGCCAGUUCCAAGCCCCUGGGACCUGAACAUCACCACACCGCCUAGCCGCUUUGAGCCAGCCUCUCCCCUGAUUCCCCCAGGCACGGAGGGGCGUUGGCUGUUCUCCACCUGCAGGGCCAGCAGCUGACACGGGCCCACACAGUGUGGCCGGGACUACACCGGCAGCAGUGUGGUGGUGAGUGGGGCCGCCGGGCCUCUGAAAGGCGUGCAGUUGUGGUGGGCGCGGGGCGCCGGCCAGUAUCUGAUCUCAGCCUAUGGAGCCGCAGGCGGCAAAGGUGCCAAGAACCACCUGUCACCGGCGCCUGGAGUCUUCCUCUCCGCCGUUUCCCCCCUUGGUCGCGGGGAGCUGCCUUACAUCCUCGUAGGGCAGCAGGGAGAGGACGCCUGUCCGAGGGGAGCCAGGAGAGCCAGCUCGUUCUGCCUCGGAGAGUCUCCGGCCGCUGAGGAGCACGCGGCGACGGAGGGGAUCAGAGGGGUUCCGGGGUCGCGGAGCUGGGCAGGAGUCGGAGCGGAUGGGGGUGCCGCCGCCGUCUUUCGGCUGCGCGCCCGCGAGCUGGAGCCGCUGCUGGUGGCGGCCGGAGGAGGCGGUCGGGCGUACCUGAGGCGGCAGGACCGAGGCCGGACUCAAGCCACCCCCGAAAAACUGCAGAACCCCUCGGCGGCGCCGGGAAGCAGCUGGAGAGGCGGGGCGGCGGGUGGAGGGGACGGCUGGACGUCGCGGGCCCACUCUCUGCCGGCCGGCUGCUCACCGCGGGAGGGGGCGGAGAGUGGCCAGGGCUGCAGGGAGGCCUGGGCUACGCUUGGCUGGGCCUCAGCCGGCGGCUUCAGGGGAGACGGCGGCGGCCACCCGGGUAGGUGAACUUUUGGGGAGGGCACCUGGGCAGCCCCAAGAGGGGGCGAUGCCUCAGAGACUGACAUCCUCUGGGCUGAUGGGGAAGAUGGGGUAUCCUUCAUACACCCCAACAGAGAGCUCUACUUGCAGCCUCUUUCUUUUACUUAUAGUCAUGGAGAGGUGGAGAUUCGAUUAUACCUCAAUCGUGGUCACUCUUUGAAAAUCUGCCAGUGGCAGGCAGAGCUCCAGUUGGCCAGAUGCAUGUGCCCAGAUGGCAUGGAGCUGGCUGCAGAUAACAUCACCUGCAUGGGUAUACCUGCCCACCCCUUAGACCCUUUGAUUCUGAUGGUGGCUGUGAUGUUGAUCUUGACACUGAGACUCCCUAUGGUGUGUGGGGUCCUGAUUCUGGUGAACCAUAAGAAGUGGCAGGGCCUGUGGUGGAUGAGGCUGCCAGGCCCUGAGCUCCAGCUGAGCAAGCUCACCUCCACCAUCAGGACAACCCCCAACCCCUACUACUUCCAGGUGGGGCUUGGCCCGUCCUGGCCUCUGCCCCCAGGGCUUACGGAGGUUUCCCCUUCCAACCUGUCUUCCUGCAGAGCCCUGGGCCAUGGUGCCUUCGGAGAGGUCUAUGAGGGACUGGUGAUUGGCCUUCCUGGGGACCCCAGCCCCCUGCAGGUGACUAUCAAGACUCUGCCAGAACUCUGCUCUCAAUAGGACCAGCUGGAUUUCCUCAUGGAGACACUAUCAUCAGGUACACCUGGGGCCAGGGGCAGGCCCAUCAGAACACUGCGCUGCGUGGGGCUUAGCAUCCAGGCUGCCCCUGGCCUAAUUCUGCUGGAGUUGAUGUCUGGAGGGGACAUGAAGAGUUUCCUGAGGCAUAGGUGGCCACACCAGGGCCAGCCAUCACCUUUGGCCAUGCAAGACCUUCUCCAACUGGCUUGGGACAUAGGCCAGGGUUGCCACUACCUGGAGGAAAAUCACUUCAUCCACAGGGACAUUGCUGCCAGGAACUGCCUGCCGAGCUGCACCAGACCCAGCCAAAUGGCCAAGACUGGGGACUUCGGGAUGGCAAGCACUGUCUACAGGGCCAGUUAUUAAGGCAAGGGAAGCCAAGUUCUGCUGCCUGUCAAGUAGAUGCCUCCAGAGGCCUUCCUGGAGGGCAUCUUCACAUCCAAGACAGACUCCUGGUCUUUUGGAGUGCUGCUCUGGAAGAUCUCACUGGACUACAUGCCCUACCCUUGGCCCACCGAUCAGGAGGUGCUGGACUUUGUCAUCUGAGGGGGAUGGAUGGACCCUCUCAGGGUCUGUCCAAGGCCUGUGUACCAUAUCAUGACCCAGUGCUGGCAGCAUCAGCUUGAACUUCACCCUAGUUUUGCCAGCAUCUUGGAGAACCCUGAUGUGCUGAAUUCACCCCUUCCGGUGGAACUGGGACCCAUCCUGGAGGAGGAAGGGGCUGGAGCCUAUCUAUCUUUGGGGGGCCUAAGAUGUCCACAGACCCAAGAACCAAGUCCGGGGAGCUUGAAGAGCUGGGGAGGGAGCCUCCUUGGCCCCUGCCUCAAGCCCUCCAAAUCCAGGGGUCUCCAACCUCAGAACCUUUGGAAUCCCACCUAUGGUUCCUGGGUCCCAAAGGGCCCUGAGGGUGAGGACUCUGGCACUGAGGGUAGCAGUUCCUCCCUGCACUCCUCCCCAGGCUUCUAGGUGGCUUAUGUUCCAAGUAGCCUCUGUCCCCCACAGUCCGUGCUGUAUGUCUGGGCCUGUCUUAGGGCUGGCCUGGCACCAUGGACCCUCCAUCCUGGAAACCAGUCUCAGGCCUCCUGGGCAAGAGUCUGGCCACUCCCAGCCUUUGAUAUUUGGGACCAGAGGAUACUCCCCCAACUCCCAGGUGUAGGUGGGGAAUUGAAAUUGCCUCCUGCAGGAAGCCUUCUCCAGAUUGCCUUUACCCCGCUAGCGUCCUCCAUCUGGGCA